AUGAGUGACACAAUCCACCGGAUAAAACACUUUUCUCGUGGCAGCCGUCGAUGUUGCGUCGUGCUCCAGGAUAAGAACGGGCCGUGUCCGCUGGUAGCACUGACGAACACCCUCCUUUUACGGGGAAGCCUGGCCCCUUUUCCUGCGGACAUGGAGUACGUUUCGAGCGACUGGCUCUGCAACGUUCUCGCUGAAUACCUUUUCGAAAAGCAAAUACCGGCUUUGAGCGCGAACGCUGACCGGGUCGCUGACCUUGAAUAUGGCGUUGCGGACGUUGUCCAGCUUCUCCCGGUGCUUCAGCACGGCAUGGAUGUGAAUGUCGGGUUCAGGGACUGCACGGAUUACGAGCUAACUGCAGAGACGACCCUUUUUGACGUUUUUGGGGUCCUUCUGCUUCACGGAUGGCUCGCUGACCCCUCGGACCAAGACGCCUACGAAGCGGUGUCAAGACGGCGCUAUAACGCAGCGCUGGAAGUGCUCUUGCAGCACCCGACAGACGCGUUAUCGCAGAUGUGCUCGGAAUCGGAGCCGGGAGCAUCGGCAAACCUGGAUGUGCUUCGCUCGUCGCCAGAAAUUGCUUCGGCGCAAGUGCGAACCGAGAUCUUCGCGAAAACUGCUCGCGCCGCAAUAUCCACAGAUCGUGCCGCGGGAACACGUUCAACGGUCGAGAGCAAUCCCUCUUGCCAGACGAGGCGCACUGCCGCAACGAUGUCUCCAACUAAGGAGGCUCAAGAAGCUGAAGAAUCCGAACGAGGAGCGGAAGCAGCUCAUAUACGCCGCUUCAUAGAGAACUCGCCGACGCAGCUUACGUAUCGGGGGUUGAUUCGCCUGCAUGAAAUUCUGCGCGAGGGCGAGUAUGCAGUGUUCUUCCGAAACAAUCACUUUUCCACCAUAACGAAGCACGACGGUGUCCUCUACGUGCUCGUGACCGACGAGGGCCUGGCCAUGACUCGAGGGGUGUUUUGGGAACGAUUCGAUGACCUGGAUGGGGAUACGGUGUUUGUCGAUGAGAACUGGGAGCCGGCGAAUGCAGCACGAUGCAUGCCAGACGCUCUCGAAAGCGCCUCAGCAGCGAACCGCUCUGCAGCGCAUCGGACUCAGACCGGCCCUGUCGCAGGCGAGCGGUAUGCAAAAGACCCAGCGAUGCGUGCUUUUUCGCCGCCACGCCAGAAACCGGACGCCUCAGCGGGAACUUGGACGCCAAAAGCGCUAAAACCAACCUCACAGAAAAAGACAGCAGCUACAACGUGUGCGGGUCAGUCGCCAAGGCACUCUCGGUGCAGCGUGCAAUGA